AUGUCGCAAAGCCAUGCACUCUCCGACGAUCAGGUCGCGGGCGAGCUCCGCAAAAUGACCGCGUUCAUUAAACAAGAAGCCCUAGAAAAAGCUCGAGAAAUCCGAAUCAAGGCCGACGAAGAGUUUGCUAUUGAAAAAUCCAAGCUCGUUCGCCAAGAGACAGCUGCCAUCGAUACUCUCUAUGAGAAGAAGUUCAAGCAAGCCGCCAUGUCCCAGCAGAUUACACGCUCGACGCUAGCAAAUAAGAGCCGUUUGCGAGUACUGUCUGCUAAGCAAGCCGUACUAGACGAAUUGUUUGAGAGGGCGAGGGAAAGCUUGAGUGGUGGUGUAGAUGGAGGAAAGGGAAACUCCAAGGGGAAGGAAAGAAAGCAAAUUGGAGAAAUUUUGAAGGGGUUGAUUCUUGAGGGCAUGUAUGCGCUGAAUGAGCAAAAGAUCCAGGUGAGAUCACGAAAGAAGGACUACGAUGCUGUCAAAAAAGCUGGUGAGGAGGCCGGGCGGGAAUUCAAAGACAAGGUUGGAAGAGAAGUCUCGGUCAACAUUAUCGAAACUGAUCCUCUCCCUGAAGAAUCUGCCGGAGGUGUCAUCAUAAUCGGUGGCGGCGGCAAAAUUGAAAUCAACAAUACGUUUGAGGAACGACUGAGAUUACUUGAAACAGACUCUCUUCCGGUUGUACGAGAGUUGCUUUUCGGGAAAAAUGAGAACCGCAAAUUCUAUGACUGA